CUGCCGUCGGGCUCGGUACCGUCGGGAGGGUGUACGUCUUUAGUCGACGACAGUGUGUCUGGGUAAUGAAUACAGAGGUCCAUUACGUCAUUCAGACAGGUGCUUUUUUACUCAGUGUUUUCAGACUAUACAGCAGCUGUCCAUUUAGCACUUGCAGCAUAGCUUUUAUAGUUGAUGCACGUCGAUAACUUAUAUUACGUUAACAUUUAAUUAAAUAAGCCAAAUAUUCAGUCUCUUGACUAGAAUAACAUUUGCGCUGUGCAAUUGGAGACUGCUGUAUAUGGGCGGGACUUCCUUGUAGCCUACACUGUUUAUUUGUGCGUGUUGCAGAAAUAGCAGAGAGAUCUUGCACGGAGCAGAUACGAAGUUUGUAUUACAGGGUGGUAUGAUGUUGUGGAGCGUAAUGCUGGGUUGCAGCUCACGAAGAGAAGGAAGCUGCUAUCUGGGAUGGCUUAUGACCUUAACCCUGACCCUGCCUCUGGCCUCCCUACAGAUGGACCGCCAUGGACACCAAGGACACCCCCUCCAUCCUCACCACCAGGCUCGCCCCAAGCUACUGCUGCUGUCCUUCGAUGGGUUCCGCUGGGACUACGUGAACCGUGUCCCCACCCCUAACUUCCAUGCCCUGAUGGAGGAAGGGUCAACAGUUGAGCAGGUUGAGAACACCUACAUCACCAAAACCUUCCCUGACCACUACACCCUGGUCACCGGGCUGCAUGCCGAGACGCAUGGCAUCGUGGGUAACGAGAUGUACGACCCAGACCUUAACGCCUCCUUCUCCAUGGAGACGCAUAGCGCCUACGAGCCACGCUGGUGGGCUGGGGCAGAGCCUCUGUGGGUGACCAAUCAGAAGCAGGGUGGGCGGAGCGGCGGGGUCAUGUGGCCGGGGUCGGACGUGGAGAUCGGGGGGGCGUACCCGUCACGCUACCUUCCGUACAACGUAUCGCUGAGCUUCGAGAGACGCGUGGAGACGAUGGUUGCCUGGCUGAUGGGGGAGAGGCCAGGGGAGGGGGUUCGGUCUGUGCAGGGGGGUGUGGACUUUGGCGUGUUAUACUGGGAGGAGCCUGACGAGAGCGGUCACAACCUGGGCCCAGAGAACCCUCUAAUGGACGCGGUCAUCGCUGAUAUCGACGACAAGCUGGGCUUCCUCCGCAAUGAGCUGCGCAAGAUGGGUCUGUACGAAACUGUGAACCUGAUUGUGACCAGUGAUCAUGGCAUGACUCAGCUCUCCAAAGACAAGGUGAUUGAGCUGGACCAAUACCUGGACAGAGACCUCUACACCUGGGUGGACAAGAGUCCUGUGGUGGGGAUACUGCCUAGAGACGGUAAGAUCCUGGGGAUACUGCCUAGAGACGAGGAGGUGUACAGUGCGCUGGUUGAGGCCAAUCCCAACAUGGUGGUGUAUAGGAGGGAACAGAUCCCCGAGCGUCUCCACUACCGUCACAACAACAGGAUCAUGCCCAUAAUUAUCGAGGCCAAGGAGGGCUGGACCAUCACCCAGAACAGAACCACAGGACCACACAUGUUGGGUAACCACGGCUACGACAACACCCUACCCAGCAUGCAUCCUGUCUUGGUGGCGCGUGGCCCCGCCUUCCGUCAGGACUACGUGAAGAGUUCCAUGCGUUCCGUUGACCUCUACCCCCUCAUGUGUCACAUCCUGUCUGUCCGGCCCCGCCCCAACAAUGGUUCUCUAGCCCGGGUUAUGGACCUCCUCUCCGAGCCCCCCCCCCACACACUCCACCCCGCUGGAGGGCAGAUACCGCCUUCCUUCGCCACCGCCCUGGGCGUGGUCCUGGGGGUUGUCAUGGUGACAGGGUUCCUGGUGGUUAUCGUCAAACAGAUGACGCUCCGACAACUACCCAGCAGGCAGAGCGAGAUGGCCCAGCCGCUAUUACUUGAAGAACUACAGCUUUAGAGGAGAAGACAGGAGAGGGAGUUAGGAGAAGAGAGAGAGAGAGGAGGAGAGAAGAAAGUAGAAGGAGAGGAGAAGAUGAGAGUUGGCUCCGUACACCGGUAAAGGACAGUAGCUUCAGUGUGGUGGUGGUGGAGGAGGAGGAGAGGAUAAAGUGUGGCUUUGUUCUGAUGGUUAUUUUGUUGUUUAUCUCAUCAGAGAGGAGCAGUCAUAGUAACAAUAAGAACCAAUAGUACACUGAACACAAAGCAUAAUGAGUGAGUAAAUCUAGUAUGUGGUUGAGUUGUAAUGCUAAGCUGUACAGUGACUCAGAGGUUUUAGACCACUGUGGGAUCUGAGUUCAGUUAGUCAGGCUGUUGCUUUCAGUCUUCAAUAGAUCCAUGACUACCGCGUUACUGCUUUAGUCCAUGUUGUUGUUGUCAUGACUACUGCGUUACUGCUUUAGUCCAUAUAGUUGCCGUCAUGACUACCGCGUUACUGCUUUAGUCCAUGUUGUUGUCAUGACUACCGCGUUACUGCUUUAGUCCAUGUUGUUGUUGUUGUCAUGACUACCGCGUUACUGCUUUAGUCCAUGUUGUUGUUGUCAUGACUACCACGUUACUGCUUUAGUCCAUGUUAUUGUCGUCAUGACUACCACGUUACUACUUUAGUCCAUGUUGUUGUCAUGACUACCACGUUACUACUUUAGUCCAUGUUGUUGUUGUCAUGACUACCACGUUACUACUUUAGUCCAUACAGUUGUCGUCAUGACUACCACGUUACUACUUCAGUCCAUAUAGUUGUCGUCAUGACUACCACGUUACUGCUUUAGUCCAUAUAGUUGUCGUCAUGACUACCACGUUACUGCUUUAGUCCAUAUAGUUGUCGUCAUGACUACCACGUUACUGCUUUAGUCCAUAUAGUUGUCGUCAUGACUACCACGUCACUACUUGUUCCUGUUCAGUACUUACAGUUAUCCUCUACUUCAUAGGAGAUCAUCUUUCUUUUAUAUGUGUUACUGUCUGUAGGGGGCGUGUUUCUGUCUGUAGGGGGCGUGUUUCUGUCUGUAGGGGCGUGUUUCUGUCUGUAGGGGGCGUGUUACUGUCUGUAGGGGGCGUGUUUCUGUCUGUAGGGGGCGUGUUUCUGUCUGUAGGGGGCGUGUUUCUGUCUGUAGGGGGCGUGUUUCUGUACAGACGCAUGUGUAUUGCCCCUAUAAAGAAUCAGAAACCACUAAUAACCAUUCAGGGCUUGACAUUCAGGUACAUUUGUCAGUGGCACACCUUGCCAGUACCAAGUGGAAAACUACUUAUAAAAAACUAUAUAUAUAUAUAUAUAUAUACACUACCGUUCAAAAGUUUGGGGUCACAUAGAAAUGUAUUUUGUUUUUUAAAGAAAAGCACAUUUUUUUUGUACCUUUUUUAAAUUACAUCAAAUUGAUCAGAAAUAAAGUGUAGACAUGACUAUUGUAGCUGGAAACGGCCGUCUAGGCAGAGUUCCUCUGUCCAGUCUCAACGUCAACAGUGAAGAGGCGACUGGGAUGCUGGCCUUCUAGGCAGAGUUCCUCUGUCCAGUCUCAACGUCAACAGUGAAGAGGCGACUCCGGGAUGCUGGCCUUCUAGGCAGUGUUCCUCUGUCCAGUCUCAACGUCAACAGUGAAGAGGCGACUGGGAUGCUGGCCUUCUAGGCAGAGUUCCUCUGUCCAGUCUCAACGUCAACAGUGAAGAGGCGACUGGGAUGCUGGCCUUCUAGGCAGAGUUCCUCUGUCCAGUCUCAACGUCAACAGUGAAGAGGCGACUGGGAUGCUGGCCUUCUAGGCAGAGUUCCUCUGUCCAGUCUCAACGUCAACAGUGAAGAGGCGACUCCGGGAUGCUGGCCUUCUAGGCAGAGUUCCUCUGUCCAGUCUCAACGUCAACAGUGAAGAGGCGACUGGGAUGCUGGCCUUCUAGGCAGUGUUCCUCUGUCCAGUCUCAACGUCAACAGUGAAGAGGCGACUGGGAUGCUGGCCUUCUAGGCAGAGUUCCUCUGUCCAGUGUCUCUGUUCUUUUGUCCAUCUUAAUCUUUUCUUUUUAUUGGCCAGUCUGAGGUGUGGCUUUUCUUUGCAACUCUGCCUAGAAGGCCAGCAUCCCGGAGUCGCCUCUUCACUGUUGACGUUGAGACUGGUGUUUUGCGGGUACUAUUUAAUGAACCUGUAAGUUGAGGACUUGUGAGGCGUCUGUUUCUCAAACUAGACACUCUAAUGUACUUGUCCUCUUGUUCAGUUGUGCACCGGGACCUCCCACUCUUUCUAUUUUGGUUAGAGCCAGUUUGCGCUGUUCUGUGAAGGGAGUAGUACACAACGUUGUACAAGAUCUUCAGUUUCUUGGCAAUUUCUCACAUGAAAUAGCCAUGAUUUCUCAGAAUAAAAAUAGACUGAGUUUCCUUGCGUCAGGUCCUGAGGUACAGGAUUAGAUUUGGGUCGGAUCCUUGAGUUGUUUUUUUUAACAAUGUCUACACUUCAAUUUGAUACUUUAAUGGGAAAAAAAUGUGCUUUUCUUUCAUAAACAAGGACAUUUCUAAGUGACCCCAAACUUGUGUGUGUUACAGAAUAGCAUUCAUACAAUAGGGACCACCCAUACGUAGAAUGUAUGCACACAUGACUGUAAGUCGCUUUGGAUAAAAGCGUCUGCUAAAUGGCAUAUAUUAUUAUUAUUAUUAACAUAACUCCUAACCCUAACCCCUAGUUAAUGUUAGCCACCUAGCUAACGUUAGCAUUAGCCACUUAGCACAUAUAUUAUAAUAUUAUUUUUCCUUUUUUUUUUUCUUGAAGAAGUGAUUUGUGUAAAGAUGUCUUGAUAAGCAAGCAGCUACGCAGUGUAGGCCUAGUUCUAGGUAAACCUUUCCUUGCUAAUAAUGAUAUGAAAUAAUACUGACGAUCAGGGGGAGGACUUUUUAAAAAUUCUGCCUCUGCUGAGAAGGGUCUGACGCGAGUAUCUAGGCCAUACUGUGACGGGGCUUACUCCAGAUGGAAUUUCAGGCUUUGCCUCAGCUUGGAAACCAAAUGCUGGUUGAUAACAAGUGUGAAUCGUCAGACGUCAGGAAGAUUGUCAAGGAUUAAAUCCAAAUAUAAAUAAUUUAUUUUCUGUUUUGUAGUUUGGAAAUGUACUGGGCCAAAUGGGUCAUGUGAAAGCUUGAUUUAAUUGGCCCGAUGAGCUUGGCAGAAGUUGCCAGCUCGCAGGCCUGAAUAUCAAGCCCUGCCCAUUAGUUGGUGAUGUCAUAACCAUUCGCUGGUGAAAAUUGCUAUAUGUUUUAAGGACUGUGAUGUGUGAAGUGCAAUAGGUUUUAAGGACUAGGAGGGAUUCUUAAUUUAGGAGGGAUUCUGAAUAAUAUGUGUAAUUCUUAACUUUCUGUGUUGAUAGUUGACUACUGAGUUGUGUGGUCUGAGAGGCCAUUUUGCGCUAAAUGAACUGAAUCGUGAUGAAGGGGGAGCAGUGCGAUGAACUGCUGUGUAGGACAUGUAUGUUUUUGCACUCUUUAUUUACAGAGCCUUCGGGAAAGUAUUCAGACCCCUUGACUUUUCCACAUUUUGUUACGUUACAGCCUUCUUCUAAAAUGGAUUAAAUAGCUCAUUUUUCCUCAUCAAUCUAGACCCAUUAUCCCAUAUUGACAUCACAAUACCCCAUAAUGACAUCACAAUACCCCAUAAUGACAUCACAAUAUCCCAUAAUGACAAAGCAAAAACUGUUUUUCUGAAAUGUUUGCAAAUUUAUAAAAAAGCAACAAAUGAAAACAUUUACAUAAAUAUUCAGACCCUUUACUCAGGACUUUGUUGAAGCACCUUUGGCAGCGAUUACAACCUCCAGUCUUCUUGGGUAUGACUUGCCUAGUUAAAUAAAGGUUAAACAUAUAUUUAUAAAUUCAAGCUUGGCACCCCUGUAUUUGGGGAGUUUCUCCCAUUCAUCUCUGCAGAUCCUCUCAAAUUCUGUCAGGUUGGAUGGGGAGUGUCGCUGCACAGCUAUUUUCAGGUCUCCCCAGAGAUGUUCGAUCGGGUUCAAGUCCAGGCUCUUGCUGGGCCACUAAAGGACAUUCAGAGACUUGUCCUGUUGGAAGGUGAACCUUCGCCCCAGUCUGAGGACCUGAGCACACUGGAGCAGGUUUUCAUCAAGGAUUUCUCUGUACUUGGCUCCGUUCAUCUUUCCCUCGAUCCUGACUAGUCUCCCAGUCCCUGCCACUGAAAAACAUCCCCACAGCAUGAUGCUGCCACCACCAUGCUUCACUAGUCUCCCAGUCCCUUCUGUUGAAAAACAUCCCCACAGCAUGAUGCUGCCACAACCAUGCUUCACCGUAGGGAUGGUGCCAGGUUUCCUCCAGACGUGACACUUGGCAUUCAGGCCAAAGAGUUCAAUCUUGGUUUCAUCAGACCAGAGAAACUUGUUUCUCAUGGUCUGAGAGUCUUUAGGUGCCUUUGGAAAACUCCAAGUGGGCUGUCGUGUGCCUUUUACUGAAGAGUGGCUUCCGUCUGGCCACUACCAUAAAGGCCUGAUCGGUGGAGUGCUGCAGAGAUGGUUGUCCUUCUGGAAGGUUCUCCCAGCUCCACAGAGGAACUCUAGAGCUCUGUCAGAGUGACCGUCUGGUUCUUUGUCGCCUCCCUGACCAAGGACCUUCUCCCCCGAUUGCUCAGUUUGACUGGGCGGCCAGCUCUAUGAAGAGUCUUAGUGGUUCCAAACUUCUCCAUUUAAUAAUGAUGGAGUCCACUGUGUUCUUGGGGACCUUCAAUGCUGCAGAAAUUUUUUGGUACCCUUCCCCAGAUCUGUGCCUCGACACAAUCCUGUCUCUGAGCUCUACGGAUUCCUUUGACCUCAUGGUUUGGUUUUUGCUCUGACAUGCACUGUAAACUGUGGGACCUUUUUAUAUAGACAAGUGUGUGGCCUUUCCAAAUCCUGUCCAAUCAAUUGAAUUGACCAACGUGGGUGGACUCUAAUCACAUUGUAGAAACAUCUCAAGGAUGAUCAAUGGAAACAAGAUGUCUGAAUGCUUUGUUUUUGCUUUGUCAUUGUGAGGUCAUAAUGUGUAGAUUGAUGGGGCUUUUUUGUCAUUGUGAGGUCAUAAUGUGUAGAUUGAUGGGGCUUUUUUGUCAUUGUGAGGUCAUAAUGUGUAGAUUGAUGGGGAUGUUUUGUUGUAUUAAUCCGUUGUAGAAUAAGUCUGUAACGUAACAAAAUGAAAAGGUCGAGGGGUCUGAAUACUUUGUAAAUGCUUUUUGAUGUUGAUAACUGAUAGGUGCCUCCUGUCAAAAUGUUUUUUUUUCAUGUAUUCAAAGAGACGUAGCAGCUUCCUACUCUGCCAUAGGAUACCUUGUAUUGUAUUAUAUUUAUUUAAUUCUGAUUAUUGAGUGGUAGAAAAUGUCCUUUGUGCGAUUUUGUUAGACUCAUUGAUUGAUUGAUUUAAUGAACACCAGACAAAUAGACAACUUCACUGUGAUGUAAUAAAUAAGGAAACACUCAACGUAGUCAGACCCCGUGACUUUUCCAAACAUUUUUUUACAACCCAGUCUAAAAUGUAUGAAAUUAUUGUCCUCUUCAAUCUACACACAAUAAAACCAUAAUGAAGUGUUUUUAGAAAAUAAAAAUCAAAUGUAUUAAAAAAUAAAAACAGAAAAAUGCGAUUAAUAUUAAUUUGAUCUAAUAUUAAUAAAAAGGAAAGUAAUAUCUCAGUCUAGCGUUUUAUGAUAUCUUACAGUAUUAGAUGUGUUGUAACUAAUGAGGUACGUUAGAGGUGUUGCAUUUAAUGAGGUACGUUAAAGAGAUGUAAUUAAUGAGGUAUGAUAAAGAGAUGUACUUAAUGAGGUAUGAUAAAGAGGUGUUGUAAUUAAUGAGAUACGUUAAAGAAAUGUUGUAAUUAGUUAUGUACAUUAAAAGGAGAAUCUGG